ACGUGUUAGCGACGGGCGUUCUGUGUCGUUAGAUGAGUUUUCGGAGAGUCCUAGAGAUUUCUUUCUUAAGAAUGGGUUUUCAGUCUCGAGAAUUCGUAGGUCGUUGCUUUUUUCCUUAACAGAGGAUGGGCUUCUGGACUUUGCUAGAAGGUUUUCUGCUCUUUGCAAAUGCAUUGGCUAUUUUGAAUGAGGACCGGUUCCUUGCUCCAAGAGGAUGGACAUUGGCAGAAAUGACAGGACCUAGGAGGAAUUCUCUUAAAGGGCAAGUAAUAGGGGUUAUAUAUGCCUGUCAAUUCUUGAGACUUCCCCUGAUUCUCUUCAAUAUAAUCUUUAUAAUUGUGAAGCUGUUCUCUGGAUAACUUUAGAGUGCCAUCCAAGCUCUAUGCUUUGUUGUGUAUGAUAUGUAAAUUUGGAGUUUUAUGUUUCGGAACAGUCGAAAAUCUUAUAAAUUCAAUUUAGAGGCGUGAUGAACAGAGUACACUAGUUGCAUGUGUUUUGAUUAUCA